CGGUCGGAUCAGUUGGCCGAUGCUCGGCGUCGCGGUACGUUCGCUCACCGCCGCCAUCUUGUAUUUACGAAACGCGGACUAUUUUUUAAUAAAAAUAAACUAUACGUGUCAACUGUGCCGUUUCCAGUCUUAUUUACACAAAUGUGUAUGAAGCUUCUUGUGAAAAACCCAAAACGAGUGAAUCACACUUAACAACAACAUAUCCGAACUGUUUAUAAUAAAAAGUAACCAAACAUUCCAAAUAAUAAAAAAAAACUAACGUUUAAUUUAGUGUUGCCAUAUUAACAUUAACAAGCUUUUUUAAUACUCGAUAAGGCAGACAUUUAAGUGAGUAAUAACGAAAAAAAAAAUCGUGUCAAGAGCAAUAAGUGUGUGUCAAGGGGUUUCUGCAACUUUCCUUUUGUAGAACAAGCGAACUGGAUGACAUCGAUCGUGAUAAAAUAGUGGUGAAUCGUUUAAAUACGACCUCUGUUACCUUAAACGGGCUUAUUGUGGACGGAUUUUGGCGGAUCCUUUCAUAAUAACUCGCAACAGACAGAGCUCUGACCGCAAUUAAAAUAAUGAAACAAGUGCUCACAUAACCAAUCUCACUAAUAGUGCAUCUGUGAAGUUUGACAAACUAUGCUAAGUGUGUGUGCGUGAAAAUGUCUACGCAAGCUUACUACAAGGAGCGAUUGGGUUUCGACCCCCAAGAGGUGAUGCAAGAUGGCGUCAACGGCGCCGCUUACUACGACGGCCCUCAUCAACCGAAACGGCACAGGGGCGACCGCGGCGAGCACUCCGAGACCCACGACCAGGUUUACGAGGAGAACUUGACCAAAUUCAAAGGUACAACUUGUUGGGGCUUCUUUAUACAGCAGUCAGACGAACGUGACGCGAUACAAAAGAAGACGUUCACAAAAUGGGUCAACAAACAUCUCAAAAAGGUGAACCGUCACGUGAACGACCUGUUCGAAGACCUGCGCGAUGGACUCAACCUCAUCUCGCUGCUGGAGGUGCUUUCUGGCGAACACCUCCCGCGCGAGCGAGGCAGAAUGCGUUUCCAUAUGCUGCAGAACGUCCAGAUGGCUCUCGACUUCCUCCGCUACAAGAAGAUCAAGCUCGUCAACAUCAGAGCUGAAGACAUCGUCGACGGCAACCCCAAGCUCACCCUGGGGCUUAUCUGGACCAUCAUCUUACACUUCCAGAUAUCGGACAUCGUGAUCGGUCAGGAAGCGAACGUGACGGCCCGCGAGGCGCUGUUGAGCUGGGCUCGGCGCUCCACCGCCAAGUACCCGGGCGUGCGCGUCGCCGACUUCACCUCGUCGUGGCGCGACGGACUCGCCUUCAACGCGCUCAUACACAGGAACCGUCCUGAUCUGAUAGACUGGCGUAAUAUCAGAUCAAGACAAGUCCGUGAGCGCUUGGAGACAGCAUUCCACGUAGUCGAAAAGGAGUAUGGAGUUACCAGACUGUUGGAUCCUGAGGACGUGGACACCCACGAGCCGGACGAGAAGUCCCUGAUCACGUACAUCUCGUCGCUGUACGAGACGUUCCCCGAGCCGCCGGCGGUGCACCCGCUGUUCGACGCGGAGUCGCAGCGCCGCGCCGCCGCCUACACCGAGCAGGCCGCGCAGCACCGCGCCUGGCUGCACGAGAAGUGCGCACUCAUGCAGGACCGUGCUUUCCCGUCAACUUUGAUCGAGAUGAAGAAGCUGCUCAGCGAGAGCACGCGUUUCCGCCAAGAAGAGGUGCCGCUCAGGCAGAGGGAGAAACAGAAGCUCUUCCAUCAUUACAGGGAAUUAGAGAAAUACUUCGAAUCGGUGGGCGAGUGCGACAUCGAGCCCACGCUCCGGCCCGAGGCGCUGGAGCAGGCGUGGUCGCGGCUGCUGAUGGCGCAGCAGGAGCGCGAGCGCGACCUCACCGACGAGAUCCGCCGCCUCGAGCGGCUGCAGCGGCUUGCUGAGAAGCUGCACAGGGACAUAAAACAAACGGAAGGCGGUCUCGACAGCGUAGAGCGACACAUCGAGAGUGAGAUCCGUCGCGUGGAGCGCGGCGUCCACCCCGCCGACGCGAAGCUCGCAGUCGAGCAGAUAGAACAGGAGCUCAGGGCUAUGGAGCACACCAUACAGGAGAUGUUCCAGGACUCGCACGUUCUGAAGGAGGGACGGUACCCGCAAGCCGCUGAUUUGCAACGACGAGUCCAACAAGUCCACGAUCGCUGGCUGAACGCGCGCCAGUCCUUCACCGGACGCUUGGUCCCGCGUCUGUCGUCCGUCCGGCUGCCCGUCCAGCAGACCACGGUCCGGCGCGAGACCCGCACGGUGCUGGAGACUAGGGUCCACGACGCGGACCCCAAGUUCCAGCAGCUCAGCGAGGCCACCAGGUGGUGUAAGGAGAGACUGAAAAAGCUCCAUGAAUCCGACUACGGCUCCGACCUGCCGACUGUACAGCAUGAGCUCAACAAACACCAGCGGGAGCACAAACAGAUCGACCAGUUCCACUCCAAGGUGGAACAGUGCGUCCUAAACCGCUCAAACUUCAGCGGUGAAGAGCUGAACCUGUACAACCAACAUCUCAGCCAGCUACAGAAACUGUAUGCUGAACUGCUCUCGACAAGCACUAAACGCAUGUCGGAUCUAGACGCGUUACAAGAUUUCCUCCAAUCAGCGACGGCGGAGCUCAACUGGCUGAACGAGAAGGAACAGGUCGAGCUGUCUCGCGACUGGGCCGACCCUCACAUCAACCUGCCCGCUGUACAACAUUAUUACGAGCAACUGAUGUCUUCGCUUGAAAAGCGUGAGCUACAGUUCAGCAACGUUAUCGACCGCGGAGAAGCGCUCAUCGCUCAACACCAUCCCGCUACUAAGACGAUCGAGUCACAUCUGCAGGUAAUGCAGUCCCAAUGGGCAUGGGUCCUGCAGCUGACCUUGUGUCUCGAGACACAUCUGAAGCACACCACACAGUACCACAACUUCUUCGAAGAGGUCAAGGAGGCCGAGAAAUGGAUACAGAAACGCGAAGAAGCCUUGAACACAACAUUCUCCCAAUCCGAGUUCACUCUCGACCAAGGGGAGCGACUCCUCAAAGGCAUGCAGGAGUUGCGUGAGGAGCUGAACGCUCACGGGGCCCUGGUCUCCAGGCUGGGGGAUGAGGCCCAGGCCGUCAGGCCUCUGAAGCUCAGGAGGGCUCCUCUCACCAGGCCCUUGAGGGCUGACACCGUGUGUGCUUAUAAGCAUGCUAAUGUGGCCAUCGAGAAGGGCGCCGCGGUGACGGUAGUGGACAACUCAGGGCGGUCCCGCUGGCGCGUGCGCGUGGGCGGCGCGGGGACAGAGGUGCAGCUGCCGGGCGCAGUACUGGCGCUGCCGCCGCCCUGCCAGGACGCGGUGGACGCCGCCGCCCGCCUCAGGACUGCCUACGACAGGGUUAUACAACUAUGGCAGAGGAAGCAGUUGAGGAUGAGGCAGAACAUGAUCUUCGCUACCAUUAAGGUGGUGAAAGGAUGGGACUUCCCACAAUUCGUGGCAAUGGGCGCGGAACAACGCCAAGCCAUCCGUCGUGCCCUCAACGAGGACGCGGAGAAGCUGCUUGCAGAGGGCGACCCCGCCGACCCGCAGCUGCGGCGACUGCGCCGGGAGAUCGACGACGUCAACCGACUGUUCGACGAGUUCGAGAGGAGGGCGCGUGCUGAAGAGGAAUCGAAGAACGCCGCCCGCAUCUUCACGGAACAGUCAUCGAACCUCCUUGAACGCCUGGACGUUCUUGAGAGACAGCUGCACGAGAGGAUAGCCAGCCACAUCCCCCGAGACCUCGACACCCUGGAGCACCUGGUCCUGCAGCACAAGGACUGGGAGACCAGCGUGCACGCGCUCAACAGCGAUGUCGAAGAGGUGCAGGCUACCUUCAGAGGCAUCGCCCUCAAGACGCCCGCCAUGAAGAAGAACCUCGACAAGGUCAUCGGCAAGUGGAACGACAUGCAGAGCAAGAGCCAACUGUUUGUCGAAAGGCUGAAGUUCGUGGAGAUCGUGGUGAACAGCAUGGAGGAGAACCACCAGACGAUAUCGGAGUUCGAGAUCAAACUCGCGCAGUUCAACGACCUGCCUAACGAUGUUGAGCUGCUGAAGGAUAUGCACGAAGACCUCCUCCGCAUGCAAGUAGCAGUGAGCAAGCAGCAGAUCCAGGUCGACCAGAUGAACGAUGACGCGGAGAACUGCAGGCGCCUGGUGGAGACCUCGCGAGCUGGUCUCCCGCACUCCUCGCUCCCGAGGGCCGGGAAGCAUAUAGACCUGGAGAGGCUGGAUAAGGAGGUCUCGCAGCUCAACAAUAGAUGGAAUAAUGUCUGCACUCAGUUGGCUGAGAGACUCCGAAGUUGCGAAGCCGCGUAUCAACUCCUGCGCAACUACAACGCCGGUUUAGAGAAGGAAGCUGAAUGGAUAGACGAUGCGUACAGCAAGUUACAAGCACAACCACCCAUCGAAAUCAGGCCAAAAGAGCAAUUCGAACCAACUAGGAAUCUGCUCACGAGCGUCGUGGAGAGGACGCCUAAGAUUGAGAAGGUUAACGUUGAUGGUGGCAGAUACAUACGAGAGGCGAAGAUAUACUCGUCGAGGUGCCAGAGGUACGCCGAAUGGCUUUGCGACGAGGUCCAUCCCUCGCUGGACAUGCGUCAACUGCGGAGACAAGCUGACGUGGACCUGGCCGAGCGACUCCGCAGCAGGGGCCGAAGUGACCCUGAGCGAGUCCCCAUCGGGUCCGAAGCUGUCGCCAGGGAGCUUGACGAGUUGAACGCGAAGUACCAGAGUCUAAUGGAUAUGCUGUAUGAGAGAUUGAGACGGAUUGCGACCGCCAACCCUGGAGAUAUUGUUACUUUGCGUCUCGUCGAGGCAAUGGCACCUCGUUCGGCGCGGUCCUUCCGUCAAGAGUUCAAUAUGCAGGACUUGACCACAGAACACACGUAUACUUCGCACUAUACCACAGAAAAAUACGUCAGAACGUCACAGACGACAGAGUUAGACGGUCAACCAGUAGUAAAAUCAAUGACCAAUGGCAAACUGAACUCACCCAAUUAUACAACAAAAACUAUUAUAACAGAUGACGACAGACCUGACGUAAGAAAACUUAAACGAGUCCACAGAAUGUAUGAAGGACCAAACAUUAUAGAAUCUAAAGGUAUAUUGCAUCCCGAGACUAGAGAAAUACUCACAGUCGGUCAAGCUAUCAGCAUGAGAAUACUUGACGUAAGGACGGGAAGACUACUAUCUUCACCUGAAACGAGACAAACGAUGACAAUCGAUCAAGCCGCGCAAGAAGGUCUCAUAGACCCCAAACUUGCUGCGAGGUUAACGGGACCAUGCGGCAUGACCGAAGACGGAAACGAAGUCACAUUACUAGAAGCUAUACAAAGAGAACUAUACGACGCCGAACAAGGACUAGCAGAUCCGGCGGAGAAGAGAAUCAAGGUAACUGUCGAAGGUGAACGAUCGACACAAGGAAUGAGUAUCUCGGAUGCAUUGACACGCGGACAAGUCGAUUUACAAAAAGGUCUAUACAGACUACCUAAUGGAAGCUACAUAACCAUAGCCGAAGCCUACCAGAGGGGCUACCUCAUUUAUAACGAGAUUAUCAAAAUUAAAUCGAGCGCUCUGUGUCUGUCGGACGCGAUUAGUCAAGAUUUAGUUGAUAACAGCGGUUGGAUUAUGGACAGGAAUUCGGGCGAACGAUUCCAAAUUAACGUUGCUAUUAAAAACGAGCUAAUCAAUCCUAACGUUAGGGAAGUAGUUGAUCCUAAAAACGAUACAAAAAUAACGCUUGCUGAAGCGAUAGAGAAAAAUAUAAUCAAUGUUAAAACCUCUAAAUACGUACACAAUGUAACAAAAGAAAAACUCACUUUCAAAGACGCUGCUAGCCAUCGGUACAUUUGCAAACCUAUGACUCUCAAAGACGUCUGCGAUAAUAACCUUAUGACUAACGAUGGUAAGAUUUUGUCACCAGCCAACAAAGCUCCCUUAAAUAUUCUUGAAUCAAUUUCCGUCGGGGUUCUUGAUAGCGAUAACGUUAAAUGCAUAACUAAUACUACAACUGGCGCUCUUCUCACGCUAUCGGAAGCAUUAGGCGCCAAAAUAAUUUUACAUGACAACAAAUUCCGCGACAAUUUGACGGGUGAAAUUUGUACUAUUCCGGAAGCUGUAGACCGAGGUCUUAUUACAUCAGUUUCUCAAAGGUCCAUUUUCGACAUUGACGGCUUCAAAGAUCCCAAAACAGGGGAAUUUGUAUCCUUCAAUGUUGCUUUAAGUAAAGGUAAUCUCAAAUAUGUAAACGGUGAGACGUUUGUUAAGUCGGAAAGUGGAGACUGGGUAUACUUAGAAGACUGCACUAAGGUGUCCUUAGUUAGGGCCGAAGUAUUAGAAAUGUUCAAUCGUAAGAUAGGUGUAUAUGAUAACGGUAAGGAAUUGUCAGUUUUAGACGCGGUGUUCAAAAACACUCUUGAUCCCAAGACAGGGCAUUUGUUAGAUGCAAAAACUAAGAAACCUAUUCCAUUUAAUAAAGCUGUAGAAAUAAAUAUGAUAACACCCGAAGGCGCGGCCUUAUUAAAUUCCCUUCUAAAUAUUACUUUGACGUUACAAACCGUUACCAAGACAGUUAAACGCUAUGUAACAGUUACCAACACGAGCGGUACACAGAGAUCUGAAGCUAUAAUUACGUUUGCGGAGGCAAUUCGUCGCGGACUCAUUGAUGAAAACACACAAACAUUCACUGACCCAACUACUGGAACCGUGUUCCCGAUUCAGCAAGCCUUGGACCAAGGCCUAUUAGGCGUGGAAAAGAACGAACCCCGCGUGGUACAUAUAUCAGACCGUGUUUCAAAGAAAGACUUAGUACCGGGUCAAAUUGUUGAACUCAAAAUAACUAAGAAAUCAUUUAUCAAGGAUUUGCCUGACAGUAGUCCCGAAGGCAAAGUUGAACGAGAUAACAAACCGGAAACGGUCAAAAGCCCAGAUUAUUCGUUGCAUGAAGCUAUGCAACCUCGUGAAGAGUUCGUACAGGAAAUCAGAUCUGUUACUUCCAAAUCAGUUGUCACGGAACCCUCAGUUACUUCUAUGACAAUCAAAAAGAACACUAUUGAGUUGCCUCGCGGUGGCUGGACAUUAAAAGAAGCCAUUGAACAAAAUCUUUUCGAUCCAGCUACAGGCAUGUUUAUAAUUCCGGGGACAGACAGAGUUCUUGACCUCGAGGAGGCAUUAAAACUUAACGUAAUCAAUGGAGAUUCUGCUAAUGUAGUUGAUCCUAAAACUAAAAAAGAAGUUCCACUAAACAAGGCUUUAGAUUUGCGUCUUAUUGAUAGUGUAGGUCGCUAUAAAUAUGUCACAGAAAUAAUUACAAUGAAAGAGGCAAUCGAGCGGCGUUAUAUCGUUUUUGUUAAGCUAACCUCAACUAUAUCUUCACAGAAGGUAAUAACAAUUACGUCUGUAGCCGGCAUGCCGGACAAGAUGGAAAUAUCUGAACUAAGCAAAUCUUCUUCGCGUGAUGUUAUUUCAGAAGACCAGUCGGCGCUUGAACCCGUUCAAGUGGCGCCUGGAGUUAUAUUUGAUCCCUCUACAGCAUUAGUUAUUUCCACAUCGUCAGGAGUUUCAGAAAAUGUUCUAGAAGCAGUUGAGCGCGGAAUGUUACCACCAAACAGUGUGACAGUUACUGAACCUGUAUCCGGCAAGCCAAUAUCAUUAAAACAAGCCAUAGAUCAGGGUGUAAUUGAUACUCGUACGGGUGAGUACACCCCUCAAUCAGGUGCCAAGCUUAGUCUCGUAGACGCAGCUAAAAUAGGUCUCGUUGCAGUAGUCGGUGCGCCAUUAGUCGCUGCUUCUAAAGUCAUUCAGGUUGUCCGGAGUACUAUGGUAUUAGAUCCCCAAACCGGUGAAAGCGUACCCAUGGAAGUUGCGUAUGAACGCGGUUUAGUUGAUCCAAUUACUUACAAAAAGUAUGAAGAAUCCAUUCGAGACAGAACCCCUGAAACUGAAGUAACUCAGGAAAUUAAAACUUCAAGCACAAGUAGUGUUACUUAUACCCAAGUCACAACUACUAAAACAAUUCCCUCUGAAACAACAGUCACUGUUGUCGUAGAUCCAAAAACAGGAGAAAAAUUACCGAUAGAAGUAGCAUAUGAAAGAGGGCUAAUUGACCCCGUAUCAUACAAAAAAUAUGAACUCUCAAUCAAGGAAAAAACGCCGGAAUAUACACAAAGAAUUACAGGCUCACCUAGCAGUCAUGAAGUUACAUUUACUCAAGUGCUUAGUGCCACGACACCUGGUCAAAUGGUUACCAUGGUAGUCGAUCCAAAAACAAACGAACAGAUACCUAUCGAAGUUGCGUAUGAAAGAGGCAUAAUUGACGCUGUAACUUAUAAAAUAUAUCAGGACGCUUUAGCUAUUAAACAGCAAGAAGCUCUGUUGCAGGCUAGUAGUGCUAAACCUGUUGUAGGCACAAGCUCAGUAACAGUCUCUCAAUCAAGUAAACCCAUUUCAGUUGGUGCUGCAGUUUCUGAAGGCUUUAUUACUGUAGAAUCAAUUCAGAACAGCCUUUCAGCUGAUAACAGAAAAGGUAUAGAAAGUGCUGUUUUGCCUGAGAAAUCGAAAUCACGUCCUACUGACGUAAUACAAUUAACUAAGUCUUCUAGUUUUAGUGCCAAACCUAAAUAUAAAGUCAAUGUAAGUAGGGAGGCGACUCCUGAACCACAAAGUCAUGAAUCUAAGGUAAUCGUAUUACAAAAAUUGAGGAAGCAUGUCAUGUUCCCUCAAGAAGCGGUAGAAAAGAAAAUAAUUGAUCCAGAAACUGCAAAGAUUUUAGAGGGAGUCAAAUCCCUGACUGAUGAAUCUGGUUCACCAAUAACUCUUGAAAAGGCCAUUGAAAUGGGUUUAGUUGAUGAUAACAAAGGUAAAAUUGUGGAUCCUGUCCAUGGUGACGUAGUUAAUAUUAAGGAAGCUAUAAAAAGGGGUAUACUAGCUGGUGAGGGUCAAGAUGAAGUAUUAAUCCCAUUAGCCAGAAGUCUAACAAUACCUGAAGUACUAGAGCAAGGUCUUUUAGAUCCGGCUACUGGGAAAAUAGUUCAUCCUGAGACCGGAAGCCUUUUGACAUUAAGAGAAGCCAUUAUUUGCGAUAUUGUUGAUCCUCUUUCAACUAUUACCAUUGGACCUGGUAAGGAAAUCACAUUAGCUGAAGCCAUUGAGAGAAACUUUAUUGACAAUGAUAAAAACAUUGUUAAAAGUAGUGAUGGUCCGCUAGAUUUAUUAGCAGCUGUUAACGCUGAUGUAUUCCCUGAACCCGAUAAUAAGCCUCUUAUGGAGAUACCACCAGCAGCUAUGACACUUAACAUUGCUAUUAAAAAGAACCUAAUAAAUCCACAUACUGGAGAAAUGAGACAUCCUCUAACAGGAGAAUUGACCCCUGUUGGUGAUGCCGUAAACAAGGACUUAAUCAUGUCUAUUCCUUACCCGCAAUCGUCAGAAACUAUGACACUUGAGGAAGCCUUAGAAAACAGAGCCGUGAACCUAAAACAGGGCACAUUUACAGACCCUAAGUCUAAAAAAGUAAUUCCUUUAGAAGCGGCUCUAGAACAGGGACUACUUGCAGUCAAGCCAAUGAAGGAUAUGCAAGCAGUUGGUAUCGUAACUACCUUUUCCGAAACAUUUACGUCUCAACACACAGUUACGACUAAAAUGAUUGAAAUUCUAGCUGAUUAUGUCCUUGUAAGCGCGAAUGAGGUCCAAAAUGCAAAAACUGGUGAAAUAAUUUCAAUCGAAGAAGCUCGCCGCCAGGGCAUUGUCAAAGAUGAGCAAACAAGCAAAGAACAAUUCAUCACUAGCGAUACAAAUAUUAACUUUGAAGAUGCUCUAAACCUUGGGUAUAUUAACAUUGAAACUGGUACAUUCACUCAUCCUAAAACUGGAGAAACACUUACGAUUUCAGAAGCCGUUACAAGUGGCAUCUUGAAUACAGAGACCCCAACAAAACCAGAUGAACCAUCACCUAAGAAACAAUCAUUGGAAAUGUUAGACCUGAAUGACGCCUUCGAACUUCUAUUUGAUGAGAAAACUCAAAAGUUCCGCGAUCCCAAAUCGCCUAAUAAAGUGCUUACUUUCAAAGAAGCUCUUGAAAAGAACAUCAUUAAUCCAGAAUCGACUAUAUUUGACGUAGCAGCUGGUAAACCAUUAACAUUAAAAGAAGCACUAAAAACAGGUUUGAUCGACAAGAAAACCGGAAAACUUAAGGAGCCUAAGACUGGCAAAUCUGUAGAUAUUAAAAACGCUGCUAAGAUGGGCCUUAUAGCUGUAGUCGCUGCACCUGUGUUAGCUGGCAUGGCUGUUGUAAAAGGUGCACAAGCAAUAACGAGCAAGAUAACACAGCCUAAGGAGAGUCCAGUAGUUGAUUCAACCAGUCGUGUUAUCACGCCUGGUACAACUAAAAUGAUUGAUCCUGUAGCACAAGAUCAGGCUAAGAAGCCUGAAGCGAAUAUUAUUAAAAAAGAAGUUUCAAGUUCUGGACCGCAACCAGAGAAACAAAAUGAGAAACCAACCAUUCUAUCACCGGAAUCUGAAAUCUCUGAAGUUCAAUCCAUAAAAACAAAGGAUGUAGUUUCUGCUGAGAAAAGAAUCUCUGAAAAAGAGCCCUCUGAUCAAGUUCCUUCAAAGCACGAUUCAAAAGUUGUUUCAGCACCGAAGGAUACUGCUAAAGUUGAGACUAUUGAUACUGAUGGUACAGCUGUCAUCACUGAAUCUCUGAAGACAGAUAAAGAUAAGGCAAAGCCUAAAGAAAUUGGUAAACAAGACCAAUACGAAACUGUUAGCGUUCCUAGCGAGAAAGCUGAUGCAUCUAAAAAACCAGACGAAAUGCCAGUCACAGAACUGGGUUCCAUUCGUGCACAGCCUAUUGUAGAUAAACCUAGUCCUAUUCGAGAUAUAGAGCACGUAGUUUUUGAAGAAAAACCUGUCAUACAGGAGUUCAGACAAACUACUGCUGAAGGCGAAGAAAUUAUCUCAGUAACAAAGACAUCUGUUACCAAAACUAUAAUUGACACAGCCGAAGAAUCUUACGUCACAGGCUCAGUAGAUGACAGUAUAACUAAUAAAACACUAGAGACUAAAGACAGUAAACCCGGUGUCCAAGACAAAGUCGUAAGGGAACCCAAAGACAAGGUAAGUGAUAAACCUAGUAGUAACCAAGAAUCACCAAGAGAAACAAGUGCCACACCUGACGAUGAUUUCGAAAUAAUUGAAGAAAUUCCAACCAUUGAAGAAAUGCGUGAAAUUACACCGUAUGAUCAACAAUCUACAACUGUAGUCAAAACUACCAUUUCAAAAACCGAACCUACUGAGAUCGUGACUGAACAUAGCAGCACAGUUAUAACUACAUCGUCAUCUACUGUAACAACGGUAGAAAUAACUGAAAAUCAGUCUACAUCUUACCAGGUAAUCACGGAAGUAACUAGCGGACCUCAAGAAGGUAGUGAAACUGUUAUACAGGAAUAUCACGUAACUGAGGCUCCUGAUGAAACAGAUAAAGUUACAAUCCAAGAUUACGAAUCACCUGAUAAACCUGAAAUUAUUUCACAUAAGGAACCUCAAAGCUCAACUGUGGAAAGAAGCGUUGUAUCUGAACUAAAAACUGAUAAACCCGUAGAAGUAGCUCCCGGAGUUAUAUAUGAUCCUGACACGUCAGUCCUUAUCUCUGCCAAGGAAGGCAUUACUGAUAAUCUGUUAGACGCUGUUAACAAAGGCAUAAUACCAUCUGAAACUAUUAAAGUAGUUGAGCCUAAGACAGGCAAAGAAAUAACUUUGCAAGAAGCUAUCAAAAAAGGAGUUGUUGAUGAUAAAACGGGAGAGUUGAAAGACAAGUCGGGUAAAAAGAUUAGUAUAGCCGAUGCGGCGAAGAUAGGUCUAAUAGCUGUUGUUGGUGCUCCAAUACUAGCUGCGGCUAAAGUAGUUGAAGUAGUCAAGAGUGCUAUGGUAGUCGAUCCUAAGACUGGAGAACAGGUACCUAUAGAUCAAGCUCGCCAAAGAGGUAUUCUCGAUUCUGAUACUUACAAAAAGUAUGAAGAAGUCAUUAAAACUCAUGCUCCUGGUUCUACGACAACUGAGGUAGUUACUCAGAUCACAUCGAAACCGGGCAAAGACUCGACACUUUCUGAGAAAGUUGUGGAAACAUACACAACUACAACUACCACACGUCCAACUGAAGUAGAAAUAACAGAAGUAACAGAAUCCAGUGAUUCUGUUGUCGCUGAAGUUAUUACUACAACGGUUGAACAGAAAUUGCUUGAAUUUGGUAAAACCACACCAACAACUGCAAACGACAGUAAAUCUAUAUCGGCAAUGCUUAUUGAUGCUGAAAGACAGCCUUUGAGAGUAAUAGAAGAAAUUACUGAACAAAACGUUACUAAGGAAAAGACAGAGCUUCCUAAACCUAUUUAUGAAAAUAUACCGUUGAUAGACGCGAUCGCUAAGGGUAGAAUCGAACCUAAAGUUUGUAGAAUUAUCAUAAACGGUGUAGAAUCUCCACUUACAGUGCAGGACUCAUUAGAACAGGAACAAAUAAGUAGGUUCGCUCCAGUAGAUGUAUUAUCUAAAAACUGUGUUGUAGUCCGAGAAUUCAAACCCAGUUAUUCGGUAGCCAUUUCCCAUAGACUAACUCCAGAAGAAUUAUCUGAAAUGGGUGUGUAUGAUAUUGAAAAACAAGUAUUCCUUAACCCCGAAACCGGUGCCAAAAUUUCCUUUGAAGAGCUUGUUUACGGUCUUCAGAUUUUCGAUCCUGAGUCUAUUUUAGUAAAAGACUUGGGAUCCAAAUCUGAUGACUACAUUUCCUUUGAUGAAGCAAUUGCCAGACCUAUUAUAGACAAAACAACAGGUCAUAUGGUAAAUCCCAAGACAGGUAAACGCGUACCUUUCUUAGAAUGCAUUCAGUUAGGUUGGAUAGUCGAAAAGCCCGAGGACGUCUCUGUUCCUGAACAAGUUACAAUCGAGUCAGCUUUAGAGCAAGGCCUGUACAACCCAGCGACUGGAGAAAUCAAAGAUGUUAAUACCGGAGCUUUAGUACCAAUAGGCAAAGCUGUUGAAUCCGGGCUGGUUGACCAGGAAUCGUUGUUAAUCAAAAUCCCGCGUACAAACGAGAUCGUUUCAUUAUCAGACGCUAUUGAACGCGGCGUUAUUGAAAUUCACGAGGGAGUUAUAACCAUUGUAGAGACCCGUGAAAUCAUUGAAAUAUCAGUCGCUAUCCAAAAAGGUUUAAUAACCGUAAUUAGAAGGCCCAUUUCCAUCGCAGCGGUCAUUGAUAAUGACAUGUAUGAACCAACAACAGGAAAAAUAAAGGAUAAAGUAACAGAACAAUUAGUUACUGUAGGUGACGCUGUAGACAGGAAUAUCAUACACCCAACUAUUUCAGAAAUUAAAGAUACAGCUUUAGAAAAGUUUGUUCCUCUCUCAGAGGCCAUUGACACUAAACUCAUUGAUUCCGAAACUGGUAAAAUUAAAGAUAAAAAGACUGGUAAAGACAUUCCAUUAGACGAUGCCUUGAAGAAGGGAUUAGUUGCGACUAAGUCGGUUACAUUCUCUCUAUUUGAUAUAAUUGAAUUAGGUUAUUACUCUCCCGAGAGUGGGAAAAUAAUGGACCCUAAGACCGGUAAAUUGAUAACAUUAAAAGAAGCGAUUGAACAAAAGCUAGUAGAUCCAUCUGACGUUAAAAUCAAAGAUGACAAAUCGGAAGCAGUAGUGCCUUUCGACAGCGCAGUUAAAUCAGGUCUUAUUGAUAUAGAAAAGGGUGUCGUUACGUCACCCCUUUGUAACUUGAAGGACGCUUGCGAUAAAGGCUAUUUGUUAAGUGAUUCCAAACCUUGGUCUUUGCAAGAAGGCUUGGUCCAAGGAUUCUAUGAUCCCGAAACAGGACUUCUAACUAUUAAUGACGUGACUAUGACGCUCGAGGAAGCGAUCAAGAUCGGAAAUAUUAACCCUGAAGCUCUAACAGUUAGGAACUCCAUCACUGGAGAAAUUAUAACUCUGGCAGAAGCUAUUAAAGCUGGCAUUAUUGAUUCAAAGGAAGGAAAAGUUAGAGACCCCAUAUACGGUGACAAAAUCUCUCUUACAGAUGCUUCUGAGCGUGGUCUUAUUGUUCCAGCUAAACGUAAACUUAGUUUACCCGAGGCUGUGUUCAAAGGCUUUUACGAUCCAAAAACUGGAAAGUUCUCCAACCCGCUAAGUAAAGAAAAAGUGCCUACAGAUAGGGCUAUUAAGAAGCGUUUCAUUGAUCCACAAUCCACCUUGGUUCACGCCGCCGGUAAAGUCAUUCCAUUUGAGUUUGCAGUAGACAGGGGUAUCGUUGACAGUAGGACAGGUACCAUCAGGUUAGGAGACGAAAAUAUUGAUUUCCGAGAAGCAUUCGAAAGAGGAAUACUUGUCGAAGUUCGCAAACCAAUGUCUCUCAUUGAAGCCCUUGAAAAAGGUGUUUAUAAUGAGAUUACCGGAUUAUUCAUGGAUCCUCAAAGUGGUAAAAAGUAUACUCUAGCUGAGGCUAUUAAAAUGAACCUAAUCGAUGCUCAUUCCGUUCACAUCUUGGAUAAUAGGUUAGGUAAAUGGGACAAGAUUACAUUACCAGAAUCUCUAGAAACUGGCGUUAUCGAUGACCAAACAAGUAAAAUUAGGAACAUCAACAACGACAAUGAAGAAAUUAGUCUUCGUAAAGCUUUCGAAAUCGGUUUGCUUGUGGACAGCAAGGCACCAAUCAGCCUUCAGCGUGCGUUACACCAAGGUCUGUAUGAUGACAGCACCGGUAAGAUAAUCGACCCGGCCACAAACCGUAAGAUCACUUUACAUGAGGCGAUCAGACGUUCCAUCAUAAGUCCAAAAUAUCUUUGCUAUUUCGAUAAGAAAUCAGAAAAGCCUUUAUCGCUAGGAGAUUGUUGUCGCAGUGAAAUUAUUGAUAGAAGAAGCGGUAAAUUCCAUGAGCCGGGUUCCGACGUCCAAGUCUCCCUGUCCGAGGCAAUGAGUUUAGGUCUUAUUGUGGACAUCGAAAGCGCAGGUUUUACGCUUUACGAGACCUUAGCCAUGAACAUGUAUACCAUAACAGAACUUGCAUUUAUACACCCAGUGUCUGAGAGAUUAAUCUCUCUGAAAACAGCUAUUGCAGAUGAAUUAAUUAACCCAGAAACUUCAUUAGUCAAACACAUACCCAGCAGUAAAUACAUUAAAUUAAGUGAAGCAAUCGAAAACGGUGUUAUUGAUAGUGAAAAUAACGUUUACAUUUUACCCAACGGCAAUCAAAUUAACUUGUUAGAUGCUAAACAUCGCGGUCUUAUAGUAACAACUAAGAAAAACUUGAGUCUCGAAGAGAUUAUAAGAAAUGGACUUUUCAGAGCUGAUAACGGUAAAAUUGUUGAUCCAAGCAAUAAUGAAUUCAUAGAUAUCAAUAAAGCGAUAGAAAUUAAACUGCUUAACCCUGAUCUUACCGUCGUUAAAGAUAACUUCACUAAUAAGUUCAAACCAUUACCGGUUGCAAUUCAGCAAGGAGAUGUAGACGUAGGCAAGGGUAGGGUUAUCGACACCAAAGCCAAGAAAACAUACAGCUUAGAUAUCGCGUUCGACAAAGGUCUUCUAGUCACUGUAAUCCAACCUAUUACAUCUCAAACGGUUACAAAGAAAUACGUUACCGAUUCCACUGCGUCAAAAGAACCUGUAAUUAGGGAAUUCACUCUAGAUGAAGCCAUAAAGUACGAAUUUAUCGACCCCGAAACAGCUCUUAUCAAAGAUCCUCAUAAGAACAAAUACAUUCCAUUAAAAGUAGGCAUUGCUGAGGGAAUUAUCGAUAAAAACGCUAAAGGUUCUUUCGAAACACAGAAUAGGUCUCGUACGCUUUGCUUCGUCUUUGAAAAUGGUUUAAUCGUGUACGUCCGUGAACCACUAACGUUUGAGCAAGCGAUUGAAAACGGUCACUUGAAUGUAGCAACUGCGCGAUUUACUGAUCCACAUUCCAACGAAGUACUUACGAUUAGAGACGCGGCCUUAUUAGGCUACAUAGACCCAGACACGGCGCUCAUAAAAGAUAAUCUCAAGAAAAGGUUGGUCAAACUCCCUGAGGCAUUCCGUAAAGGCCUCAUGGACGCUGAAAAAGGCAAUAUACUAGACACUGAAACCUCUAAACUUAACACUUUAACGGCUGCCAUAGAGAGCGGACUUCUAAUGACUCCUAAGAAAUGCUUCAGCCUAAUAGAAACUUUGAACUUCGGUAUUUACAACCCGACAACCGGAGCUCUGAACGAUCCAUUCAUAACCACUAGCGUGAUGGACAGAAAGAGGUUGAACUUGGGCGAAGCUAUUCAACAAGGAAUCGUAGACCCGUCAAGUACUGUUGUCAAAGAACCAGAAACAGGAAAGAUAUGGCCAUUGGUACAAGCGAUAGAACAGAAACUAGUUGAUCCCGUCGAAGGCAGGCUCAUAAUAGAUCCAGUCAAAUCGAUCAGUUUGGACUUAGUCAAAGCUCUGAAGAAGGGUUACUUGCUGCCAGCAGAAACAAGGCAAGCAGUGGAAGAGAAAUACAGGCUUUGCGAUGAGACGUUGUCUAAGUUGCUGGAAUGGAUCGCCGUUGUUGAAGACAGACUCGCGAACCAAGAAGCCGUUAAGGAAGACAUGGAUGAGCUUCGCAACCAGAUCAAUAUACUUAAGCUUAUCAAGGACGACCUGGAGAGCCACCAGCGUCAAGUGUCCGCGUGCGCCGACCAGGCCAAGCAGCUGCUCGUUUCCGGCGGAGAUGUGCUGGCUCCUCAUGAGGUGGCAGCACUGGAGCGUGGAGUGCGACAGCUGAAGCAACGCUGCGACAAGUGCACCGACAAGUGCGAUAAGAUGCUGCGCAGGUUGGCCGCGGCUAGAGACGAGCUUGGCAAGUUCGGCAACGAACUGAACGCCUUUAACACCUGGAUGGAAGGCGCGUACCGCACUCUGGAAGACAAGGAGGCAGCUCUCUCCAAGCUGAACAGCCUCCCCGACCAGAGCGAGGAUGUCAGGGAGUUCGUCUCUGACGUCAUCGCGCACCAAGCCGACCUGAGGUUCAUUACUAUGUCGGCGCAGAAGUUUGUGGAUGAGAGCAAGGAGUUCCUAACCAUCCUCAACGAGUACCGCACCUCGCUCCCGUCCCGCCUGUCCCACAUCCCGGCGCGGGGCGAGAGCGCGGUGCGGGGCGCGGCGGGGGGCGCGCGCCGCCGACACGCGGAACUGUGCGCGAGGGCGCAGCGUCUGCAGGAGAGGCUGCGCGGGGCUGCUGACGUCACCAGGCUCUACCAUGAUGCCAUGAACAGGGCGCAGAGGUGGAUCACUGAUAUCGAGCCACAAGUCCGCUCAGUACUCUCCGAGCCGGUCGGCGGAGAGCCGCGCGCCGUCGAGUCACAACUCUCGAAAGCGAAGACGCUGCACAACGAGAUCGUGUCGCAAGGACGACUUAUUGAUAAUGUUAAGGAUGCUUGCGAGCAACUAGUCAAAUCUCUCGAGGGUAACCUCACCCCAUCUGAGAUCCGUCAACUAGAGGUCCCUGUUCUGGACCUGACGUCCCGCUACAAGGACCUGACGGAGGCCGUGGGGUCCCGCUGCGCGGAGCUGGAGGCCGCGCUGCUGCAGUGCCAGGGGCUGCAGGACGCGGCGGAAACACAGGCCCACUGGGUCGGACAGGCUGAGAAUCUGUUUAAGAGUCAAUUGAAACCUGCCUCUCUUAUCCGGGAGCGUCUUGACGAGCAAGUCCGGGAGCAGCGCAUAGCUAUCGCGGAGCUGGAAGCCCGCAGGCCGACCCUCGCCAAGCUGCUGGCGAGUGCGAGGGACGCCGCCCUCACGCCGUCCAACGCGCGCAUCGCCAAGAAACUGGAGCAAAGAGCUGAUGAUAUUUAUACCAGAUACGAAAAACUAGUGGAACGUUCAGCGAAACGCAGCGAGUUCCUGGACGAGGUAUCAUCGGAGCUAGCUCAGUUCUCGGGGCAGGCCGGCGCGCUGGACGCGGCGCACGCGCAGCUGCUGGAGCAGGCGGACGCGAGGGAACUCGCGAGGCUGUCUGCUGACGACCUCGCCAACAGGCUCGCGCAGCUGGCUCACUACAGAGACAAACAAAUGCCGCUGUUGGAGGAAUGCCUGAGGAACGGCAAACAGCUGAUCGUCAAGAAGGAUGUCACCGACACACAUGUUAUUCGUGACAGGAUGAAGGCUUUGGAGAACCAAUGGCGUGAUUUCAACGCGACUCUAGAGGAGAAACAGAAGCUGUCCAAGCAGAGAGCCGACCAGCUCAACCAGUACGAGUCGCUCAAGAUCCAAGUUCUGGACUGGCUCCAAUCCAUGGAGGGUCGCGUGACCCGCCUGCAGCCGGUCGCCGUAGACCUGGACGUCAUCAAGCAGCAGCAAGACGAGCUGCGCCCUCUGGCGAAGGAGUACAGAGACUUCUCUAUUACUAUUGAUAAGGUGAACGAGGCGGGCGCGGUGUACGAGGCGCUCACGCGCGGCGACCGCGCCGACAGCCCGCAUCGGAAGAGGCAGAUGUACAGCCCUACUAAACGACAGACGCCCAGCCGCACCCUGGACGGUCGCUCCCCGUCUCCGAGCAAGGCUCACGGCUUGGUCAGUCCUGGCUCCACACAUUCCACCUCCAGUGGAUUCUCCUCACGAAGAUCCAGCCAGGAUGGAUUCCAUCUCGAAGAACUAUCUCCAGUCCAGCAACAGCUGGCUGAGAUCAACAACCGCUACAGCCUGUUAGGCACGAAGCUGGCUGACCGGACCGCUGAGCUGGAUGCUGUGAGGGAGGAACUGCGCAAGCAUCUCGACAGCCUGCGCGCGCUCAAUACCUUCCUAGACAAGGUCCAGAGGCAACUGCCUAAGGAAUCAGUUCCCAAUACGAAGGAGGAGGCUGAUAAGACCAUCAAGCAAGCUCGCGCCGUGCUCGAGGAAAUGUAUGAGAAGCAAAGCAUUCUGGACUCUACCAAGACACAGGUUCGCGAGCUACUGAAGCGCAAGCAGAGCGUGUUGGGCGCGGACCGCCUUCACGACGAGAUGGAGGACGUGUCCUCAAGGUGGAAGGCGCUACACGACGCCUUCAAGGACAAGAUCCGCCUGAUGGAGGAGAUGAAAGACUUCCACGACACGCACAGCAACCUGUCUCAGUGGCUGAGCGCUAAGGACCGCAUGAUGACCGCUCUCGGACCCAUCUCCUCAGACUCCAGGAUGGUCCAGACUCAAGUCCAGCAGGUACAAGUCCUCCGUGAGGAGUUCCGUGGCCAGCAGCCGCAGCUCGCUCACCUUGAAGAAGUGGGAGCGGCUGUACUGGACCGCCUGGAGCCAGCCUCGCCGGACGCCAACAAGCUGAGGCAGAAGGUCACCGACCUUCAGGAUAGAUGGAAUGAACUGCUUAACAAGCUAGAGAAGCGCGCGGAGAGCCUGGGCGCGGCGGCGGACACGUCCCGCGAGUUCGAGGCAGGACUCGCGCGCCUGCGGGACGCGCUGCAGACCAUCGGGGACAAGCUGGACGAGGUGGCCAUGGAGAACGAGCCCGACGAACAACUCCGGAAGAUCGAGAACUUGGAGCGUCAACUGGAAGGCCAGCGUCCCCUGCUCGCGGACCUGGAGGGCGCAGGCGCGGCCCUCGCGGCAGUGCUGGCGGACCCCAGUGCCAGGCACGACAUACAGGCCAAGCUGGCGUCGCUGGCGAGGCUGUACGAUGCGCUGCAGAGGAAACUCGACCAUAGGAAGGCUGAGAUCGAAGCGGCGCUCAAGGACGGACGCAACCUCGAAGAGAACGUAGCCCGUACUCUCGGCUGGCUGCAAUCGGAACUGAACUCACUGCCCGCGCGGCUGCAGGUGUCCGCCGACAGCGUGAAGCUGCAACAACAGCUGGAGCGACACGAACCUCUGUACCGAGACCUCACGCAAAGAGAACACGAGCUUAUCAUGCUUUUGGAUAAGGGCCGUGAGAUGGAGAAGAAGCCAGCUCACCAGAGCCUGCGUAAGGACCUAGACAGGAUUCAAACGCAGUGGGACAAGCUCAAACGAGAGACAGUCGACCGCUACACUAGACUACAGACUGCUAUGGAGCACUGCCGCAAAUUCCACAAGGCUCAAGAAUCCUUCGUCCCCUGGCUGUCAGACCUGGAGGACAGGCUCGCCAAGCUGCCCGACACCACCUUCACCAAGAAGGAGGUGGAGAAGCAGCUGCGAGAGCUGCAGCAGAUCAGAAACGAUAUCUGGAAGAGGUCUGGCGAGUACGAGAACAACAAGACACUCGGCGAGACAUUCAUCUCUUCCUGCGAUAUAGACCAGGAGAUCGUGAGGAAACUCCUCGACAACAUCAAGGAGAGAUGGGACAGGAUAAACAACGAAGUGCUCCAACAAGUGGAGUUCCUGGAGACCACCGCCCGCAAGCUGGGCGAGUUCGGCGAGAAGGUCCGCGCGGUGGACACGCCGCUGUCCCGCUGCGAGGAGCGGCUGCAGGAGGCCCUGUCCGCGCCGCCCGCCCACGCCGCGGAGGCGGUCGCGCGCCUCGCCGACCAGAUACACGCGCUCAGGGCGCCGCUACAGAGCAUCAACGCGGCCGCGGACGACAUCGUGUCCCUGGCGCUGGAGUGCAGCGGGCGCGAGGCGGGGGCGCGCGCGCGGCAGGUGCUGGAGGAGCAGGCGCAGGCGCUGGCCGAGCGCCUGGACGAGCUGGAGGCCCGCGCCGGGGACGCGCGGGGCAGGCUGGCCGGGGCCGCCGCCGCCAUGACGCACUUCCAGGACAAAGUAAAGAACCUAUCCCACGACCUCUCCGAUCUGGAGAAGGAACUAGACAGCAUGAAGCCGCCGGGCCGCGACCUCAAGACUGUGCGACAACAACUCGAUGACAUCGGACGCUUCUACAAGCGGCUCGAGAACGCUGAUGACUUGGUCGGAGAUACCGAGAGGGCGGCUGAAACCUUGGUGGACAGUGGAUACACUGUGGAUACUGCCAAGACUAGGGAUCAGGUGGAAGGACUUCGCAAACAGCUGGGCAAGUUGGACGAGCGCGCUCGCUCCAAGGAACAAGACCUGGACGACACUCUCAGCAAGCUGGAAGCAUUCUACAAGGCAUACGACUCCGUUAUGGAUGAUGUGUCUGAGGCCGCCGAACAAGUCCGUAGCCUAAAACCGGUAUCCUCCGAAGUGGAACAGAUCAGGUCCCAGCAGAAAGACUUCGCCGAGCUCAAGAAGAGGACCCUGGAGCCCCUGGGUCAGAACGUGGCACACUGUAACAAGAUAGGCCAGGGUCUCGUGAGGUCUGCUCUCCAGGGGGUCAACACCCAGGUGCUGGAGAAAGACCUGGAGAAGAUGAAUGACAAGUGGAACGCGCUGAAGGAGAAGAUGAACGAACGCGAGCGUCGUCUCGACGUAGGGCUCCUUCAGUCAGGCAAGUUCGCGGAGGCUCUCGCUGGGCUUGAGAAGUGGCUCGCCGAUACAGAAGACAUGGUCAACAACCAGAAGCCGCCCUCAGCCGACUACAAGGUCGUCAAGGCUCAGCUGCAGGAGCAGAAGUUCCUCAAGAAAAUGCUGAUGGACCGUCAGAACUCGAUGUCCUCACUAUUCGCGAUGGGCAACGAGGUCGCGGCGGGCUGCGAGACGGCUGAGCGCAAGGCCAUCGAGAAGCAGCUGAAGGGACUCAUGCAGAGGUUCGACGCGUUGACCAACGGCGCCCAGCAGAGAAUGCUGGACCUGGAACAGGCUAUGAUGGUGGCUAAACAAUUCCAAGAAGAAUUACAGCCGUUGGUGGAGUGGCUCGGCGUGACGGAGCGCAAGGUGAAGUCCUUACAGCUGGUGCCCACUGACGAGGAGAAGAUACAACACAAGAUCAGGGAGCACAAGAAUCUCCACGAGGACAUAAUUUCGAAGCAGCCGGCUUUCAAACAGCUGACGGAGACAGCGUCCACGUUAUUGGGACUCGUCGGUGACGACGAGGCCAGCGCGCUCGCUGACAGGCUGCAAGCUGCCACUGACAGAUACCAAGCCCUGGUCGACCACAGCCUGAACAUCGGCGACCUUCUGGAGAGCUCUCGCAAGGGUCUGCGUCACCUGGUCCUCACGUACCAGGACCUGUCCGCCUGGAUGGACGCCAUGGAGCAGUUCCUGGCCAAGAGGAAGGUGCUGCCCGUCCACAUGGAGAAGCUGUUGAGGCAGAUGGAUGAGUUGGCUGAAAAGACCGAAGAGAUCGCAUCAAAACAAGAAGCAGUGGACAGCACAGUGGAGUCAGGGUUGGAGCUGAUGAAGCACAUCUCAGGGGACGAGGCCCUGCAGCUGAAGGACAAGCUGGACGCCCUCCAGCGGAGGUACAACGACCUCACCAGCAGGGGCGCCGAGCUGCUGCGCGUGGCCUCCGAGACCCUGCCGCUGGUGCAACAGCUGUAUAACAGUCAUGCUAGGUUGACGGACUGGAUGGCCGGCGCGGAGUCCUGCCUGCAGUCAGUAGAGCCCCGCGAGGAGGACAUCCUGAGGCUGGAGGCUGAAGUGCAGGAGUACCGGCCCGUGCUCGACAACCUCAACCAGAUCGGGCCGCAGCUGUGCCAGAUAUCUCCUGGAGAGGGCGCUACUCACAUCGAGAGCAUCGUGAUGCGUGACAACCGCCGCUUUGACGCCAUCGCCGAACAAGUCCAGCGCAAGGCAGAGAGAUUGUUGCUUAGCAAGACGCGCUCUCUCGAAGUAGUAGGCGACAUGGAGGAAGUACUAGAAUGGUUGCGGGGCGUGGACGCGGCGCUGCGGGCGGCCGAGCCUCCGUCGUGUGAGGCCAGUGUCGUGCGGGCGCAGCUCAGGGAACAGAGGCCGCUCAGCGACGACGUGGCCGCGCAGAGGGUGCGCGUCAGGGACCUGCUGUCGCAGGCUAAGAAGGUUCUCCGCGAAUGCCAGUCUUCAGAAGAGACAGCGGUGAUCAGGGACCGCAGCGAGGAGUUGAAGGAGAUGAUGGAGGAGGUCGGCCACCUGAGCGCAGAGCGACUCGCCGCGCUCGAGCAGGCGCUGCCGCUCGCAGAACACUUCGCUGACACGCAUCAUGGCCUGUCGUCCUGGUUGGAUGACAUGGAGAAGCAGAUCCAGAUGCUGGCCAUGCCCGCUCUUCGACCAGAACAAAUUGCUCAGCAGCAAGACAAGAAUGAAAUGCUACAACAAUCCAUUGCCAACCACAAGCCGUUGGUUGACAAGCUGGUGAAGACGGGCGAGGCUCUAGCGAAGCUCUGCGGGGACGAUGACGCGGCCAAGGUUCAGGAUAUAGUGGACGCCGACUGCGAGCGGUACAACGCGCUGCGGGCUGAGCUCCGCCAGAGGCAGCAGGAGUUGGAACAGGCCCUGCAGGAGUCGUCCCAGUUCUCGGACAAGCUGGAGGGCAUGCUGCGCGCGCUGUCGGGCGCCGCCGACCAGCUGCAGCGCGCGGAGCCCGUGUCCGCACACCCGCCUAAGAUCGAAGACCAGAUCGAAGAGAACAACGCUUUGGUGGAAGACCUGGAAAAACGUCAGGAGGCUUACAACGCGGUCCAGCGCGCCGCCUCUGACGUCAUCAGCAAGGCCAACAAGAGCGACCCCGCCGUCCGGGACAUCAGGAACAAACUGGACAAGCUUAACAAACUAUGGGACGACGUGCAAAAAUCAAGUUCAGACCGAGGCAACUCGUUAGACAGCACUCUAGAGGUCGCUCGCAAGUUCUGGCAGCAGUUGAACGCUGUCAUGGCGCAGCUGUCCGAGCUAGAGGACACGCUGACCGCGCAGCCGCCGCCCGCCGCCCAGCCCAGGGCUAUACAGGCCCAGCAAGUGGCCCUGCAGGAGAUCAGACAUGAAAUCGACCAUACUAAGCCUGAGGUGGAAAAAGUCCGUAAAACCGGCUCGACCCUCAUGUCGCUCUGCGGCGAGCCAGACAAGCCGGAGGUCAAGAAACACAUGGAGGACCUCGACAGCGCCUGGGACAACAUCACGGCGCUGUACGCAAGGCGAGAGGAGAACCUCAUCGAUGCCAUGGAGAAGGCCAUGGAGUUCCAUGACACGCUACAGAACCUGCAAGAGUUCCUAGACUCGGCUGAAGACAAGUUCUCCCGCAUGGGCCCGCUCGGGUCAGACAUCGACGCUGUCAAGCGGCAGAUCGCUCAGCUCGCCUCCUUCAAGCAAGAGGUCGACCCGCACAUGGUUAAAGUUGAGGCUCUUAAUAGGAGUCUUAUGAGGCAAGCUCAAGAACUCACAGAGCGUACAUCGUCCGAACAAGCGGCGGCUAUUAAGGCUCCUCUGACGGAGGUCAACUCCCGCUGGUCGGCGUUGCUUAGAGGCAUGGUUGAGAGGCAGCAACAGUUGGAGAGGGCGCUACUGAGGCUCGGACAACUGCAGCAUGCUUUACAAGAACUGUUGUCUUGGAUACAACACACCAGCGAUACUUUGGAUACUCUGAGGCCGGUUGCCGGCGACCCACAAAUCCUGGAAGUGGAGCUAGCCAAGUUGAAGGUCCUCGUGAACGACAUAGCGGCUCACCAAGCGAGCGUCGACACGCUCAACGACGCCGGCGCGCAGAUCGUUCAACAGGGUACGGGUACCGACGAGGCAGGCGAGACGGCCGAGAAGCUGGCAACACUGAACAGGAAGUGGCGUGAACUGCAACAGAAGGCGAGAGACCGACAGACCGAGUUGGAGGAUGCGCUGAGAGAGGCACAGAGCUUCAACGCGGAGAUCGGUGACCUACUCAGCUGGCUCUCCGAGGUGGACAGCGUGAUCACAGCAUCCAAACCUGUCGGAGGACUUCCUGAAACCGCCUCUGAACAACUUGAGAGAUUUAUGGAGGUAUACAACGAGAUCGAAGCGAACCGCCCGAAGGUGGAGGCAGUUCUGCAGCAAGGCCAGGAGUACCUGAAGAGGCAGGACAAGCCGAACCCCACGUCACAGCUGCACCAUAACCUGAAGAACUUGAAGUCGCGAUGGGAUAAUGUCACUGCUAGAGCAUCAGACAAGAAGAUAAAGCUAGAGAUAGCUCUGAAGGAGGCGACGGAGUUCCACGACGCGCUGCAGGCCUUCGUGGAUUGGCUCACCAGCGCCGAGAAGACGCUCACCUCUGCCAAGCCCGUGUCCAGGGUCAUGGAGACCUUGCUCACUCAAAUCGAGGAACACAAAUCAUUCCAAAAGGAAGUGGCGACACACCGCGAGACGAUGCUCCACCUCGACAAGAAGGGCACUCACCUCAAGUACUUCAGCCAGAAGCAGGACGUCAUCCUCAUCAAGAACCUGCUGGUCUCCGUCCAGCAUCGGUGGGAGAGGGUGGUCUCCAAGGCAGCUGAGAGGACCAGGGCUUUGGACCAUGGCUUCAAAGAGGCAAAAGAGUUUAAUGAUAUGUGGAACAACCUGAUGAACUGGCUCAACGACACGGAGGAGCAGCUCGACCAGCUCAACUCGGAAGCCACCGUCAACGACCCCGAGAAGAUCAAACAGAGGUUAACAAAACACCGCGAGUUCCAAAAGGCGUUGGCUGGCAAGCAGCCGGUGUACGACCAGACAAUGAAGAUCGGCAAACAGCUGAAGGACAAGGCGCCCAAAGGUGACGAGAACACGCUCAAGACCAUGCUGCAAGACAUGAAGACCAAGUGGACCACCAUCUGUUCCAAGGCUGUUGAUAGGCAACGCAAACUCGAAGAAGCCCUGCUAUACUCGGGCCAGUUCAAGGACGCGAUGUCCGCUCUGCUGGAGUGGCUCCGCAAGCAACAGAAGCUGCUCGCCGGGGACGCGCCCGUACACGGAGACCUGGAUACUGUCAUGGCGCUCAUAGAACAACACAAGCAAUUCGAGGAGGACCUUCACUCUCGCGAACAACAAAUGCAAUCCGUCAUGAAGACCGGCAAAGAUCUUGAAGCAACGGUGCCCCGUGAAGACGCGGCCAGUAUUCGCCAGCAAUGCGGUGAGCUGAAGAGCGCUUGGGAGACUGUUCAGAGCCUCAGUGAGAAGAAGGCUCACAAGCUUGAGUCUGCUCUUAAAGAGGCUGAAAAGCUCCACCGCUCAGUAAACAUGCUACUCGAAUGGCUGUCGGACGCGGAGACCAAGCUUCGAUUCUCGGGCCAACUCCCCGAAGGAGACCAGGAGACACAACAACAGAUCUUCGACCACGAGCGCUUCGUACGAGAGCUGAACGAGAAGCAGCGAGACAAGGACGACACGAUCACUCUCGCUCACUCUAUCCUGAGCAAGGCGCAUCCCGACGCCGUGACUGUGAUUAAACACUGGAUUACGAUUAUACAGAGUCGUUGGGAUGAGGUGUGGCAAUGGGCGAUGCAGCGAGGCAGCAAGCUGGAGUCACACAUGCAGAGCCUCAAGGACCUGGACCUGGUGCUCGAGGAACUGCUGCAGUGGCUCAUCGGCUUAGAGAACACGCUGCUCUCGCUGGAAGCGGAACCAUUGCCGGAAUCCAUCGAGCUGCUGGAGGGUCUUAUCGAAGACCACAAGGAGCUUAUGGAGCACACGCAGAAGAGACAGAAUGAAGUCGACCGCGUCUGCAAGGCCUACCAGGUUAAGAGUCAAAGCCAGGGUCGUGAGAGUACUCCACGCAAGGUUUCAGCGAAGACCGCCACUAAAGGCGCGCCUGGCCGUGGUUCUCAGCACGAUCUCAAUAGGGAGAGAUCCGUAUCGCCUGAUUAUUAUGGAUCGAGGCGAUUCAGGUCCAGGAUACACACUAGGACUAGGAGAGGAAGUCGCGUGAGCCCUGGUCGAGAGACGCCUGACCGCAACCUGCCGCACUACGGCCCGAGGUUCCCACCCAAGGGAAGCAGCAAGGGCGCCGAGCCAGAGUUCCGGUCUCCGCGCGUGAAACAGCUGUGGGACAAGUGGCGCACCGUGUGGCUUCUCGCGUGGGAGCGACAGAGACGGCUGCACGAGAGGCUGGUGCAUCUGAAGGAGCUGCAGAGAGUCUCGAACUUCAGUUGGGAUGACUGGAGGAAGAGGUUCCUGAAGUUCAUGAACCACAAGAAGUCUCGUCUGACGGACUUGUUCCGCAAGAUGGACAAGGACAACAACGGACUGAUCGCACGACACGAAUUCAUCGACGGAAUUAUCAACACCAAAUUCGACACCUCCCGACUAGAGAUGGGCGCUGUCGCUGACCUGUUUGAUAGGAACGGCAGCGGUCUCAUCGAUUGGGAGGAGUUCAUUGCGGCGCUAAGACCUGACUGGGUGGAACGCCGCGGCCCGCCGACGGACGCUGACAAGAUCCACGAUGAGGUGAAGCGCCUCGUCAUGCUGUGCACGUGCAGGCAGAAGUUCAGGGUGUUCCAGGUUGGCGAGGGCAAAUACAGGUUCGGCGACUCACAGAAGCUGCGUCUAGUCCGUAUUCUCCGCUCCACCGUAAUGGUGCGUGUUGGAGGCGGAUGGGUCGCCCUCGACGAGUUCCUGGUCAAGAACGAUCCUUGCCGAGCUGAGGAGUUUAUGGAGCAGCUGAGGCCUAUAUUUGAGGCUCUACGGCAGCGGGAGGAGCUUCCGUGUUCGUAUCCCCUGCACGUCGGCUCAACACAUGGCACUAAGCAGGCCUUCAUAUAUGGCCACUCAAGAUCUCAGGGCUCCACGACGCCGGGCCCGCACCACUAUAGCCACCACCACGGCUAUCAGCCAUCUCCAGGAUACCAUUGGGUAAGGGAACGUACGGCUCGUUCUGUGCCGAUGUCGGCUGGAGGAGUCGCAGGAAGGGCGUCAAGGUCUUCCCUGAGCGCUGGUACACCUGACUCAUUGAGCGACAACGAAGCAGCAAGCGGACUUGGAGCGAGAUACAGGAAGCCCAGUGUUCCAAGGUCAACCUUAACACCUGGAGGAUCUCGACCAGGGUCAAGACCCGGCUCCAGAGCUGGAUCAAAGCCCCCGUCAAGGCACGGAUCAAAUCUUUCUCUAGAUAGUACAGAUGACGUAUCCACACCGUCUCGCAUCCCGAUGCGUAAGGUGACAAACACGCGGACGUCGAUAGCUCGCGCGGCCGCCAACGCGAGCAAGCUCGGCGUCACCACUCCGAACGGAGGCUCCCGGCCUCGGACACCGACCGGCUUCCUGACCCCCGCCAGCGGAAGGUAUCCUACAGGCGGGAUGUACCGCACGUCCAGUAUACCGACACUGUCACCGGUGCCGGCGUUAGUGAGCUCGACACAUUCCCAGCCAUCGUCAAUGGCGUCCGAACAUCCCAAAUCCAUUUCCCAUACUCAUCCCGCAUUCCAGACACAAGGCUCCACUAAAAUUCCAGUUUACGUCGGCAACCGUUCCCACCGAUCCCCGUCCGUUGAGAGGCGAUUAAAAAUAUCCAGAAAAACGCACUCCAGAGAGACCUCCCAAGAACCCAGUCCCACUUCCCAAGGCCCCUCCAGGAAGUCUGAGCAGAGAAGUCCAGAAGACGACUCCUCGCUGUUCAGCAUAUCGGGAAUGACGAGCGACAAUGAAUAUGAGAGUAAUAUAAGCGAAUCGAGCGGCGAAGCUUCAAAGCCAACCCAGCGCGACGUCAAAGGGAGUGGCUCGUUUGCCUCCACUGAUGGACAAACGCCGGGCAGGAGUCGCAUCCCAGUACUAAAGGAUCACCAUACUAACUGUAAUCUGAAUAGGCAAAGGACACCGUCCGGCAGUACGACGCCGGUGCGGUCCGGUCAGCAGACCGCCGUGACCCGGCUGUUGAGGAAGCCCUCGGACGCGUCCGACGCAGGCACGCCCACGACGCCCGCCUCACGACGCGCCACUCCGGCAUCAUCUCGAACCACGGAGAAACGCGAACCAUUCCGACUUUAGACGAUUAAAUAUAACGCUAAUCCCUCGCACUACGUAAUUCACUCAAAAUUAUGAGUCGAGGACAUCACCUACGCUCUGUAAGCCGCUCCGACGUUUUGCUAUACAAAUCAAAAUCAUGUUUAAUCAAUUGCCAAAAUUUAUAAUAUACCCACCUUUAAUCUUUUACCACGUCCGAGCGGCUUGCAAGUGCAGGCAAGUGCUGACAUAACAUUUAAUAACUAACAUAAAUUUAACCAACGCGCGAAUUAAGCCAAGCUUAAUAAAAAAAUACGCCAAUAUGGCUUUUAAUUUAAGUGAGAACAAUUUAUAGAUAAUGGUAUUAGUAAAACUUAAAGUCUGCACUUGUUGCCUUGUAUUUUUUUCUAAAAUCCGCGCCAGUUUUUGCACUUCGUAAUUACUUGUUUUAUUUAUUUGUGCUGUCGUUAUACAGGACAUGUAUGUUCAUUAGUCGAUGUGAAUAAAAUACUAUCUCUUAUUUAUUGUCAACGUUGCCAUAAUUGUUAGUGUACCUAUGUUUUUUGUAUGUAAAAUGCGUAUUAUUGUCUCUUUACAGAGACCGGAAAGUGUGAUGACGAUUAUAAUAUUGUUUUCUUUAGGGACCAUUUGGUUUAACGGAAUAAUGAAGAUAGGUGAUCGUUGGCGAUCGCUUCUCACCUGUCAUACUCUCGCUUGUAUAUUCGCCAGAUACAAGUCCAGACAGACAGCUUUGAAACGGUCGCUCGCAAUCUGUUAAGGUGAUAAUAGAAUACUUUUUCUUUUGUAAUGCACAAUUAUGUGUUUCCCUUCAUAUUUUUAAGCCUUAAUUUGUCUUACGACAUGAUUAUUGAUUUGAUAAUUACUGUUUAUACACUUCUGUAUAUAAUUUACAUAUUUAUCACAGCAGCACAAGCUCCUAUAGAUAAUAAAAAUCAGAUGCGUUUUACACCGAACGAGAAGGCACUCGCGACUGUCGCCAGAGUUAAGAGUGUCUUACGUUUUUUAUAAUAAACGAAAAAUCAAAUCAUGUUAAACCGAUAUUUUGUUUAAGUACAUCAAGUACAUGUCGCAAAAGACAUUGUUUUAUAAAUCGCUAAGAAUAUUUUGAUAUUUAUUGAAAUAAUUGCUUUAAAAUGUAACCUCUUUCAAAAUGUUAACCAUCGCUCACCAUUUAUUUGUAAGUUUUUUUAAUAUAAAUCUGUCUCUGUUAUUAAGCUUAAUUAUUAUUAUUACGAAAAUUAUUAAUCUGGUCAUUUUUAUUUAAAUCAUUGUUAUAUUUGUUAUGUAAAUCGUGGCAAAUCUACUAAAAGGCUUAUGAUACUUUUUGUAUAAAAGGAUAUCGUUGCAUUACAUCCGUUUAAAAUCUCAUAACAAAACCUAUCAAAUAAAUGAAAAGUAACAAUUA